AUGUUUAUAGAGCAAUGCACCAUUCAUGCAAAUCAUUGUCUUCCUGCCUUAGAUUUUCACAGGAAAAACUGUCUAGGGAAUUCUCUUCCUUAUGCUCUAACCUCCUCGGAGGAUAUUUUCGGGGAUAACACUUAUAGUUUGGAGGCAUGGACUGCUUUGCGUGUCAUUCCAGCUUGUUGGGAUAAAUUGAAGUUUUUUCUCUGCUCCGUCUACAUUCCUGAAUGCUUCAACGCUUCCUAUGCCUGGCAUCGCCGUGCCUUAUUUGUCCAUGGUCAGCUUCCUGCUCCGGCGGCUGAUGCUGAUACUUCUUCUGCCGCUUCCAAGUUCAAGACCUCGAAUAAGUCUGUACUCGACCCUGGAGAGACGGCUUUGUCUAGAAGGCAUUCGACUAGAUGGCGUGUUGUG